AUGAGUCUUCGACAUAUAUCGAAAAGUUAUCAAAUCGGAAGACAUGCAUAUCGACAUCUUAUGGCAUCUUCUAGGUAUGAUUGCUUUUGUUUACUUAUUAUAUAAUUUAAAACAUUUAGAUUCAAUCCAUAUUUGGCAACUUCAUCGUCUCAUUUUUGCACCACAAGCUUGCGGUCCGUUUUUUAUUAAAGAGUGAAAUGUUAAUUUUAUUCUAGUUUUUCAGGUAUGCAGCCGCUGACAAAAGUAAAAUUGAAAACACAUUGAAAAUGUUAAGAGAAGAUAUGCAAAAACAAGAUGAAGAAAGGCAGUUAAAACUAAUGAAAUCAGACAAAGCAGUCGCUGUUGUGAAACCACCACUGAAAGACAGAAUUAUUCAUGAACUCAAACAUUAUUAUCACGGAUUUCGGUUGUUGGCAUUGGAAACACGUGUCAGUUCGAAAUAUAUGUGGAGAGUUUUGCGCGGUGCAACUUUGACACGACGAGAACGACAACAAUUGGUUCGAACUGUAUCUGAUCUUUUCCGACUUGUUCCUUUUUCAUUUUUCAUUAUUGUACCUUUUAUGGAAUUGGCUUUGCCGAUUUUCAUUAAAUUGUUCCCUAAUAUGCUGCCAAGCACAUUCCAAGAAACGAGUAAAGAAGUGAGUUUUUAUUUCGAAAUAGUUUUGUUUCAAAAAUGAUAUUCUGUUUUUCAGGAGGAGAAGCUUAGAAAACAAGUGAAAUUACGAGUAGAAAUGGCAAAAUUCCUUCAAGAUACGAUCGAAGAAAUUGGAUUAGAAAGAAAAAAUCAUAACAAAGAUGCAUCGAAAUCUCUCGAAUUUGCUCAUUUUAUAAAAAAAGUUCGAAAUGAAGGAGGAUAUGUUUCAAAUGAAGAAUUACUCAAAUUCUCAAAACUUUUCGAAGAUGAAUUAACAUUGGAUAAUCUGAGUAUGGGACAACUUCGAUCACUUUGCCGUUUGAUGGGUUUGAAUUCAUUGGGAAGUCCUGAAAUUCUUCGUUUUCAAUUGAACAUGAAAAUUCGAGAAUUGAAAGCGGAUGAUAAACAAAUUGCGGCUGAAGGAGGAAUUGAUGCAUUGAGCUCAUUGGAUUUGCAACAAGCUUGUAGAGCGAGAGGAAUGAGAGCGAUUGGAGUUAGCGAAGAAAGAUUGAAAGAACAAUUAGUUCAAUGGCUCGAAUUAUCUCUCAAUGACAAAGUUCCACCAUCAUUGUUAUUAUUGUCAAGAACAUUGUAUUUACCAGAAGAUGUUUCAUUUACUGAUCGAUUGAAAGCUAUUGUACAAAAUUUGCCUGAUGGUAAGUGAUUAAAAAAAAUCUAGUAUUCUGAAAUGAGAAAACAUAAGUUGCGUCUAGUUCACGUUGAAAAUAAUGAUUCUCAUUAUAAAUUAAAUAAAAUUUUAAUUUCCCUGCUUAUUUUCAGGCAUUGCUGAAACUACUAGACAAAAACUGACUGAAAUCGAAGGAGGAACAAUUGAUCAUAAAGCACGUAUUGCUUUGAUUAAAUCAAUCGAACAAGCAAUUUCCGAUGAAAAACAAGUCCAAAAGAAACGCGCUGAACAAGAAAAAGCUGCAGCUGAAAAACUCAAGGAACAAAAAUUGGCAUCGGCUGAAGCAAUUGUUGAUGAAAUUAAGCAAACUGUUGAAGAACUUGCCAAACCAAUUGUAUCCGCUGCUGAAACUGUUGCAGCCAAAACUGCAAAUGUUAUUGCAACAGCUACAUCCACAGCAAAAGAAACAGCGAAAGAUAUCAAAUUGGACAAAAAAGAUUUGGAAUCAAUUGAAACUAUUAUUGUUGGUGGAUCAAUUCCAGAAGCUAAAAAUGAUAUUUUGGGAUUGAAAGAAAAAGUUAUUGAACACAGAGAAGAUCUUAUUGAAAUUCAUGCAUUGGAUGGAGCAUUUGCUGAAACGAAGAUUGCUAAAAGACUUCGUCACAAACUUGAUUCAAUGAUUGAAAAUGUUGAUUCGAUGGUUCAAAAACUCGAAGACGAAAAACGAAAUAUUCAGGAACAAUUGAGUGAUCCAGCAAUUGAAGGAGAUGCCGAUCUCAAAAAGUAGGCAUUCUUAUUUUUUGGAAUUGUAAUACAGUUUUUUUUAGGAAACGGGAAGUCAGAAUUCAGGAUGUUAUUGAUUCUCUUUCAAAAUUGAAGGAAAAUGAUGCAAGUGCGAAUCAAAAAGAUGGAGCAGCUGAAGAAUAUGCAAAACAAAAAGAGAGAAUUGAAGUUCUUUUGAAAACAAUCGACGAAGAUGAGGAUGGAAUUGUUGAUAAGAAUUUGGUUUUAGAAGUUAUCGAACUUCUCGAAAAACACAGCGAAGUAAAUCUAUCGGCAUCACAAGUCGCAUCUUUGAUUGGAACAUUGAAAAAGGAGGACGAGGUUGCGACAUUGACUGGAGAUAUUGAAAAAGUUCAAGCUGGAUUGUAUGAAAUGCCUGUUUUACCAACAGUUAGUUUUUUUUUCUCAAGAUGAAAUUUUUUUAUUGAAAAAAUUUGAGGGGCCAUCUUCUGCGGCAGCAUUCAAUCAACAAUCAGACCGUGAAAUUGUUGCCGAAGAUAUCGAAAAAGAAGUGAAAAAGGUACAAAAUGGUGAUGUUGUUGUUGAAAUUCCUGAUGUUGAUUCAAAGGUAGAAUAUCGAACCAAAUUAUAUUUCGCAAAAAUUCCAGAGUUUCUUCUAAUAAAAGAUUUUUGGAAUUUCAGAUCACUUCAACACUUUCACGACAAGAACAACAACGAAAAUCGGAUCCUCCUAUGUAA